AUGGCUUGCUUACGGAAUUUCGAGACGGCGACAACGACUACUACAAUGCGUGUUGUCGCCGUCCUCUUUGUGUUGGUGUCGCUUCCGGCGCUGAUUCAGGGAUGCUCUUUCUCGUCGGUCAAAGGGUACACUUCAGCGAUCUCCCCAAUCAAAGGCGUAAGCCUCCAUUGGAAGGUCGUCGAUUCCACCACCGUAAAAUUCCUCCUGAAAGGCAACGGAUUUCGCAGCAAGGGAUGGUACGGCGUCGGGUUUUCCGACGACGGCGAAAUGACGGGCGACGCUUUCGCGGUCUCGAGCGAUUCCUCAACCCCCAAGGUUUUGGCGCUCACGGGGGCGUCGAUGACCGGAGUCGCGGACGCUUCGUGGAGUCCUGACGUGCUGACACUCAAGCAGAAAAGCGGCGGCCCGUCGUCUCUCAAGUUUCGGCGGAAGGUAGGGGAUGGAGGGUCCGUAACUAUCAAGCCCAAGGGGAAGAACACGCUAAUGUUUGUUGUCAAGAAUACAGCGUACGACACCAGUGUCGAGCACGACCACGAUGAAAUUGUCAAGGUCAACUUGGGUUGCAAUCCAUGCAAACGACCUCUUGGCUUCAUGUUUUGCAAGGCCUAA